AUGGCGCCAGGAAUUGACGAAGAUUGGUCUGACUCUGAUGAUGAGAUUGAAUCAGGUGUAGAAACACAAGUCUUGCUGGGUGUCCCCGAUGGCCCAGUAGACACACCGGCCGAUCUGCACGAUGCAGCUGUCUCUCGUAUCGGAGGCCUUCCUAAUUACCCUCUGUCCAAGGCGCUUCUGCCUUCAGUCGCACCGUCGUUUACUUCUUCCCAAUGCAAGAACUGCUCAUUCCCUAUGGAAUUGCUCCUCCAAGUAUGGUGCCCGCUAGAAGACAGCCCCCAUGAUCGCGCGCUGUAUAUCUGGGGAUGCUCGAGGGGUGCCUGCCAGAAGACAGCGGGCAGUGUCCGAGCCUUCCGCGCCCUCAGAUUCAAUGAAGAGUAUGCAGCGAAAUUGAGCACAAAGCUACAGCAAAAAGCUGCCCAGAAAAAGACCAUAGAACAGGCAAAACCAACGGCUAACCCUUUCGUUGCCGGCAACCAUGCUGCGCCUCCGGGGAUGUUUGGCCUGGGCGAUCAGAUUUUUGGUCAAUCCGACUCCGACAAGCAAGACGAAGCUGGCGAAAAGCAUGAUGAUGACGCUAGUGAAACUUCGUCGGAGCAUUCGCUAAUCACCGCGAUGGCAUCUACCUCGUUAGAAGAUUCAGUGUGGUCUGUUGCUCCUUCACAUCCACCUUUGUAUCUUUCGACCAUAUCGGAAUAUCUGCCACCUCAACCAAAAGCAAAGAAGUCUUCGACCGUUGCUGCCGAAGAUGCACUAGGAGACGAUGACAAGGGCAAGGAUAUCUCGUGGGCGACCGAAACGUAUGAAAACUCGAUAGACGUGGACCAUGCUUUUGAGAGGUUCACCAAGCGGGUGGGGUAUGCUGGUGAACAAUGUCUGCGCUAUGAAUUGGGCGGCACCCCUCUGCCCUUUGCGUCGGACAAGGUGUUCGAAACAUUAUUUCCAACGCCAGCUCAGCCUCCUCUCCCUGUCACGAAGGCGGAUUUUAAAGUGGUUCCGGUAGUGAAACGCUCGUACAGCCCGAGUUCGGUUCCGCGAUGCCCUCAUUGCAAUUCUGCUCGCGUCUUCGAAUGCCAGUUGAUGCCUAACCUCAUCAAUGUCUUGCGGGAGUCGCCUGCGGAUUCAAAGAAGCAGACCAAUGAACAGCGGAUCAAAGAAGUACAGGCUGCACUCAAAGGUGGGAAGACGGAGGGACAACGAGGAAUGGAAUGGGGCACUUGCAUGGUAUUCUCAUGCGAAAAGGACUGUUGCAAUGCAGAUGGAGAGACAAAAGCGAAGGAGUGCUGGCGUGAGGAGCUUGUGAUGAUCCAAUGGGACGAGUAG